AUGCAACCUCACUUGCUGCAAGAGAAGAAGACUUUAACGCACUUAACUUUGGAGACCAAAGAACACAUCCUCCAGUAUGGCGUCAUCAACAAAUAUUUGCUGAGCACCAACUAUGUAUCGGACAUCAUCCUGGGCAUUUGGAGUACAGCUGCACCGCAUCAGCCUGCUCAACCCUUUAAAUUUACAAUUUCCGAGUCCUGUGAUCGGAUUAAGGAAGAGUUUCAGUUUUUACAGGCUCAAUACCACAGCCUGAAGCUGGAAUGUGAGAAACUGGCCAGUGAGAAGACAGAGAUGCAGCGGCAUUAUGUCAUGUAUUAUGAAAUGUCUUAUGGGUUGAAUAUAGAAAUGCAUAAGCAGGCAGAGAUUGUCAAGAGGCUGAAUGCAAUCUGUGCACAAGUCAUUCCUUUCCUGUCCCAAGAGCACCAGCAACAAGUGGUGCAGGCUGUGGAACGGGCCAAGCAGGUGACCAUGGCAGAGCUGAACGCCAUCAUUGGGCAGCAACAACUCCAGGCCCAGCAUUUAUCACAUGGACAUGGUCUGCCGGUGCCUCUGACUCCACAUCCUUCAGGGCUUCAGCCCCCUGCCAUUCCACCCAUAGGUAGCAGCGCAGGGCUUCUGGCCCUCUCCAGUGCCCUGGGAGGCCAGUCCCACCUUCCAAUUAAAGAUGAGAAGAAGCACCAUGACAGUGAUCACCAAAGAGACAGAGACUCCAUCAAGAGCUCUUCGGUGUCCCCCUCAGCCAGUUUCCGAGGUGCUGAGAAGCACAGGAACUCAACUGACUAUUCGUCUGAGAGCAAAAAGCAGAAAACCGAAGAAAAGGAAAUUGCAGCUCGUUACGACAGUGAUGGUGAGAAGAGUGAUGACAACUUGGUCGUUGACGUUUCUAAUGAGGACCCAUCUUCCCCUCGAGGGAGCCCAGCACAUUCCCCAAGGGAGAAUGGGCUGGACAAGACGCGCCUGCUCAAGAAAGAUGCCCCGAUUAGUCCAGCUUCUAUUGCAUCUUCCAGCAGCACACCUUCCUCCAAAUCCAAAGAACUUAGCCUUAAUGAAAAAUCCACCACUCCUGUUUCAAAGUCUAACACUCCUACUCCACGGUCUGAUGCACCAACCCCAGGCAGUAAUUCCACUCCUGGGCUGAGGCCUGUUCCUGGGAAACCGCCAGGAGUUGAUCCGCUGGCUUCGAGCUUGAGGACCCCUAUGGCAGUUCCCUGUCCAUACCCAACCCCAUUUGGGAUUGUGCCCCAUGCCGGCAUGAACGGAGAGCUGACCAGCCCGGGGGCCGCCUACGCUGGACUGCACAACAUCUCCCCACAGAUGAGUGCGGCUGCCGCUGCCGCCGCCGCUGCUGCUGCAUACGGCAGGUCACCUGUGGUUGGAUUUGAUCCACACCAUCACAUGCGUGUGCCAGCAAUACCUCCAAACCUGGCAGGUAUUCCAGGAGGAAAACCAGCAUACUCCUUCCACGUCAGUGCAGAUGGUCAGAUGCAACCUGUCCCCUUCCCCCCCGACGCCCUCAUUGGCCCUGGCAUCCCCCGGCACGCUCGCCAGAUCAACACUCUCAACCACGGGGAGGUGGUGUGCGCUGUGACCAUCAGCAACCCCACGCGGCACGUGUACACGGGCGGCAAGGGCUGCGUCAAGGUCUGGGACAUCAGCCACCCUGGCAACAAGAGCCCUGUCUCUCAGCUCGACUGCCUGAACAGGGAUAACUACAUCCGUUCCUGCAGAUUGCUCCCUGAUGGGCGCACCCUAAUUGUGGGAGGGGAAGCCAGUACUCUUUCCAUUUGGGACCUGGCGGCUCCGACUCCCCGCAUCAAGGCCGAGCUGACGUCCUCAGCUCCUGCCUGCUACGCCCUGGCCAUCAGCCCUGACUCCAAGGUCUGCUUCUCAUGCUGCAGUGACGGCAACAUCGCCGUGUGGGACCUGCACAACCAGACGCUGGUGAGACAGUUCCAGGGCCACACAGACGGGGCCAGCUGUAUUGACAUUUCUAACGAUGGCACCAAGCUCUGGACGGGCGGUUUGGACAACACGGUCAGGUCCUGGGACCUGCGCGAGGGGCGGCAGCUGCAGCAGCACGACUUCACGUCCCAGAUCUUCUCUCUGGGCUACUGCCCGACUGGAGAGUGGCUGGCAGUGGGGAUGGAGAACAGUAACGUGGAAGUGCUGCAUGUCACCAAGCCUGACAAAUACCAGCUACAUCUGCAUGAGAGUUGUGUGCUGUCACUCAAGUUUGCCCACUGUGGCAAGUGGUUUGUAAGCACUGGAAAGGACAACCUUCUGAAUGCCUGGAGAACACCUUACGGGGCCAGCAUAUUUCAGUCCAAAGAGUCCUCAUCAGUGCUCAGCUGUGACAUCUCUGUGGAUGACAAAUACAUAGUCACCGGUUCUGGAGAUAAGAAGGCCACAGUUUACGAAGUUAUUUAUUAAGGAUAAACCUUCAUGCGAACUGGACUCCUUCUUGUAGCACUUUGCUCUCUCAUCUUGUCCCCACCCCCACCCCCAUCUAAAACCAAGGGUUCCAGAUACUCACAAGUGGUUGUGGAAUUUCAUUCCCUUCCUUAACCCUCCCUCUUCCUACUUGCUAUUGAAUUGUGAAUACUCAUUAAGAACCUGUGAUACCAAAUCUUACAGAUACCUACUUGGAAGAACAUGGGAUAGGCAUACUUAUCAGUGACCUGAAUCUUUAAUUAUGUAUUAUAUCUGUAAUAUAUUUAUUUUGUUUAAAGAACGCUUUCUAACAAUGACUGACUAAAUAAAGCUGUCUGCUUCUACAUUGAUAAUGAAGAUGCAUUGUAUUUGAUCCCCAACCCCCCACUCCUUUUUGGCAAAGGGGGGGUGGGGAAAGUUUAAAAUAAUUGAUUUAAAAGUGUCACUAAAUGUAGACUAACGACUGUAUAGAGAUGUGAAAUGUAUAAUUACACCUGGAAGCAAUAUGUUGCUGUGUUGUUAAGUUUUAAAGGUUUUUGUUGUUGUUGGUUUUCUUUUGUUUGUUUUUAACGGAUUUUAGUUUGAAAACUCAGCUGAAUAAUUGGAACUUGACAGCCCAAGUUGUAUUCAUGAAGCUCAACCAUUUAUCAAUAGCUUUAGAUAACAUCUUCUUUAAAAAGAAAAAUCAUUGGGAGUUUUGUUUUGGUUUUUUCUUCCCCCUCCCUCCUUUUACUGACAAGCAUCUUUGUAAUCUGUUUUGAAUUACUUUCUAUAUUAUAGACAGAUGAACAAAGUAAUUGGCCCAAAAGAGACCACCUAAUCCCUUCUGGAUAUUUUUGCCAUGUUUUCUUUGCAAAGGGAGAUGUGUGUCUUUGGGUGGUUUUGUUGUUGGAAGAAACGAUGGGAUAUUUUUUGGCAUGUUCUUUGGGAACUGCACAGGCAAGGGGGACGAUUCCUACCACUGUGCAAGCCAAUCCUUUUACAGAACAAAGCCGGCAGAGGAGGACUUGCAAGAGCCUCCCUCUGACAAACAGGAAGAAUGGACGCUCACACCUGGGACGAGGACUUUCUCUCUUGACCUCCGGUUCUUUCUAUGUCUGAGUUGGAUGUCCCCACUAUGGACACAGGCUGUGCCAUUGUGCCAGAGACGUUGUGUUACCUUUUAUGUUGUUGUUGUUGCUGUUCAACUAUGAUAUGUGACUCCUCCUUUUUUUAUUCCUAUUUUUGUUUGUUUGUUUGUUUGUUUGAAUGCUUUAAAAAAAAAAAACCUUUUAAGUCUGUGGAUCUGCUGAUGUACAGUGCCUUUGCUGCUAUGGAUCAAAAUCAAGAGAACCGUGUAGAUAAACUUUAUUGUGUAAGUAGAAAAUCACUUAAUUUCUUACUAGAAAUGGAUGGAUGCUGCAAGUUGAAAUGGACUGUCCACUGACGUUCCUAAUGUGGUAGCAGAAAAAAAGGUGUCUUAAGUGCGUAGUGUUUGAUGUCAUUAACAGUUUCGUAAACCUCCACAGUGUAGAAAGAUUUUGAUACUAAAUUGUGCAUUGUACAUAGUUCUAAUGCAUUGUAUUGACCCACCAGUACUUCUAUAAUGGUAGAUUGUUUGUUGCAUUCAGACUUUUAAGCAUUAAACAUAAAUAACUUCUAAAA